GAAUAAAACUGUACCCAACUUCUCAAUGUGAACGGAACUGUACCUAGUGUCUGUGUUUAUGACAGAGAACCACACACACACACACUACGUGUAUGUGUAGUUAUACGUAUUUAUGUUACUGUUGUUCAAAUUCAACCUGAUCGGAAGACGUGAUGGUCACAGUAAGAAUGUCGUGUUAAAACAUUCCUCUAAUGUAUAAAAUUUUUUAAAGGACGAUGAUAAAACAAGAUCCAUCGAAGGCACACAAGCCGCAAGUUUCCCCGUCAUUUUUCUAGUCGUUGGGUAUCCCGGACUCCAUCAUUAAAUCUGUUUCUUUAAAGAUUGUAGAUUGUGGUUUGAGGGAGAUUAGGCUUCUAUUUCUAGACAAUCCCACUUUGGUUCGGUUUAGUUCCGCCAUGGCUAUCCGGUUUUUUAAAGGAGUAUCGAGAAAUUUAUGUUAUUUUCUUUAUUUGUAAAUGUCCGUAUUUGGGAGUGGUGUAGCUGCUAUUUCUAGCACAUAAAAGCGUGUAAUCCACAUGAGGACACCGUGUAACAGUGGUCUGAGCUACAUUCGUGUGACGACCGUUUAGCAACAGUUUGUCCCAGUUGCUAGGCAAAGCGUGAGAAAGCUUCUCUCCGUACUUUUUUUUAUAAAGAAGACAAAAACACAAUUUAGAGACAAACAUAACGAAGUUGUUGGAAUUUGGCAGACAUUUCGGACUUGGCUGUCUGUUGGAAACAGCCCAACACUUCAGCAAAUAGGAACUUGGGUACUAACACAACACGUACACACAAGCAUAUACGCACGCAUGCUACAUAUACAUAAAUAUAAUACAUACGUACAUAUAUAUCUAUAAUAUCGGAGAGAGAGAGAAAGAGAGAAGGAGAGAGAGAAGGAGAGAGAGAGAGAGAGAGAGAGCGCUAGGGAAAAGUUUGAAAACUUGUCGAAGACAAAAAACUCUAAGUCCCGAAGAUUAGAGAAAAGACAAAACGAUGUCGCUGCGUGCUCUGCCGGCCCUGAUUUUAAAUCUUGGAGGAGAAAUGAUGUACAUCUUGGACCAAAGGCUUCAUGCACAGAAUGUGAUGCAGGACAAAACGCAAAAAGUUCUGCAGGAAAUCGUUGGUACGAUGUUCAGUAAACAUUUCAUGGAUGAGUUAUUCCGUUUACAGCCUGUUUACUCCAAGAAAGCAAUGAGAGCGGUCUUUGACCGUAUUGCACAUUCUUCUGUCAUGCGUUUGAAUGCUGCCAGCAUGGACAAAUUAUAUGAUUUGAUGACAAUGGGUGUGAAGUACCAAUUUCUGAUGUGUCUGCAACCCAAAGAGAUCCUCUUCAUUACAAUGAACCACCUUGAGGCCAUUAUGGAAAUGGUCAAAGACAAUGCCAGCACCCUGCAGCAGGUGACGAACAUCAACAGAAAGUUUAUCAAGGUGUAUUCUGAGUUAUCAGAUGGUGAAUUUCAGCUUUUGCGUCAGACGGCGUUAAGUUUCUUCCAAGAUAUUCACGUCAGGGUGUCCAUAUAUUUAAAAGAGAAAAUUCAAAAUGCUGACGGUUCCUUUGUUUUGUCUCGGUCUGGUCAAGUUGCAUGGAACACAGAGAUUCCUAUUGUUAUUAGGUCUUUCAAUGAAAACGGCAAACUUGUGAAAUCCAUCUCUGCAAAUCCUGGAGGUCGGUACUUACCAUCAGUAAAAGGGUCCAUAGAGCCAAAAGGAGACCGAGGAACAAAACUGGGAUGUAACAUAUAUGCCAAUGACAAUCACAUUGUAACUGCUGAUGGCAAAAGCAAGAGUUCUUUAUCAUGCCGAGGUGGACCAGACGGGACAGAUAACAGUUCUGAUGCUAAUGCCCUGGCCCAGCUCCAGCUUCUCUCCCGUCUGAUCGGAAUGGCAAGCACGUCACAGAAACCAGAAAUAGAACUCAACCUGUUCUGUUCAACUCCAGAGGACAAAGAUGAUGACGAAAACAGCAUCACUCCACCCUCUAUUAUCAGAGAUGCUACAAAACCCUUGGAGAUUAUGAUUGAUGCCUCAAAGAAACAGUCAAGUGAUGAACUGAAUCGGAUCAUGGGAGAAAUGUCUGUUGAGGUGAACUCGGCCUCCGAAGUUGAGGAAGACCUGUUGGACUUGAUGGAUGCUGCUCAUUGAAAUGUGUAUAUGUGGGUUGAAAAGGACAUUACAGUUUCUACAAUGUUGCAGGAUUCAUUUAAUCCCUACAUGAAUACCAGUCACAUAUUUGCAGUGCCUUUAGUGACACUCACCUUCUGAACUUUAGGAUGUCACAGCCACACACGUAACAGGGUGAAGCGUAACAGGGGCAUCAAUAAUGAGCCUAAGAUAAAUUAUACUUAGGAUCUUUAACCGAAAGACCUAUCAUUCCUUGUAUCUUUAGCAGAUCAGUCAUACUUUGGAUCUUUAGUCUAAGAUCAAUCGUACCUAGGUUCUUUAACCAAAAAUCAAUAAUAUUUAGCUGACAGUCGAUCAUAUCUUGGAUCUUUCCCCAAAAUUAAUCACACUGUGGAUCUUUAGCUUAAGAUCAAUCAUACCUUGGAUCUUUAGCUUAAGAUCAAUCAUGCUUUGGAUCUUAGCUUAAGAUCAAUCAUACCUUGGAUGUUAGCUUAAGAUCAUUAUAUAUAUAUAUAUAUAUAUAUAUAUAUACAUACACAUACAUGCUAAUAUUGAACAGUGAGAAUAAGUGUUCAACACUGCAUUGGUGGAUAAAUAUUCUUUAUUAGUAGGUUAACGAGGGGCUACCAUUGGGUUCAUGUAAGAUUUCUUAGCAAUUAUCAAGCCUGCCAUAUGGGUCGUUGAUACUUGGCCAUGACUGUAUAUAUAUUAAUGUAAUAAAAGAAUAUGACAAGAUAAUGUUACAAAUAAUAAUAUUAAUAAAUGAAUAAAUAAAGGAAAAAAGUUUGUAUCUUUCAGAAUCAAGUUGGUAACCAACUGCUGUAUGAGGUCGAGGAAUAAUAAAGUUGUUCUAUUUCUAA